AUGCGCCACACGAAGGCUCAAAAUGUCAUUGAACGUGCCUUUGGUGUUAUGAAGAUGAGGUGGGGGAUUUUGAGGAGCUCUACGUUUUAUCCCGUGAAGGUUCAGAAUCGACUUAUUAUGGCGUAUUUUAUAUUGAAUAAUUUCAUUAGAACAGAGAUGGACGUGGAUCCUAUCGAACAAGCAUUCGAUAACCUACCACAUGAUACUGAGUUCAAUGAACCGGAACACGGAGAUUAUGUGGAUGCAUUUGAGCUAUCUCCCGAAUGGGCUGCGAACCGGGAUGCCAUUGCACAAACAAUGUGGCAACAAUAUGUUGCAAUGCACUGA